AUGAAGUUGAAGGAGGGCAAUUCAGUGGCUGGGUUGGCAUUAUCGGAUGAGAUUGCUAGACAUGUGGCAAAAGACUUAAAACUCUACGCAGGCCAUGCAACAUCAUUCUCCCCCCAGCUGCUGUCAUAUGUGGCAGUCGUAUGGCAGUAUUCCAAGGCUGGCAUCUUUCAAGCAUUGCUGGACUGGACAACCAUUGUCGACAAUGAUUCACGCAUCAAGCAUCAUCCAAGAUUCCACAAAACGGUAAAUUAUCGUCAUGUCACCAGUUUUGGGGUCACAGAACCUGUUGCUUCUGGUUUGGCGGAUGUGCAAGCUACCUCCUCAACACUGCCCUUUGAUGCCACUCCGGAGGGCAGAUCAAUUGCUCAUGUUCAAGACCCUGCCCUCACAAAGGAUAUCUUGAGCCCAGCCAUACAUGCACAUGCAUCUACCCCGGCAGCCUUGUUUUACCAGGUCCCGCCAACUCCUCCGCAAACAGUAAUGACACCAUUGGAACCUCUGACUCCUCUUUACCCUUCCACUGCAGCUGCACCAAGCAAGGACAAUCCUAGUGUGACAGGAAACAUGAAGACACAAGCAAAGACUGUUCGACAAUCUGCCAAGGAGAAGAACAGACAAGUGGAAGACAAUGCCACAAAUAAAACUCACAGAACGCAUAGACCAGCACCAUGCCUAUUAUCCCGGAAAUCUGCUCCCAAAAGGAAGAAGUUCAUGUCAGAUGAUGAGGAGAACCGCCCGACCGGAAGCAUACUCAUCACCCGGAAGCACACAUUGUCGGCAUCGACAGCAAGUGCAGUUGCAGGACUGGUCAAUCCAAUGCCCUCAGACAUGGUCGAUAAAGGUUUCUGGGAUGCAGACACCAGGCUGGCUGGAUGGGGUCAUGAUUCCACCAUUGCAACCGCAGUGGAGUAUUCUGUUCGCUAUAACCCCCGAAAGUGUGACAAAUGUGUCAAAUUGGAUGUACCUUGUAUUGUACUGCCAGACAAGAAACAUGGGUUCACACAACUUGCCUGUGCCAACUGCGAUGAAAUGAAGAUAACCUGCACAAUUGAUGGUGUUGGCAUCCAGGAGAAGUUGCAAGCAAAGUUGAAGGGAGAUGAAGCUCUUCCUCCCAAAUGUACCCAAAUCCACACCCCCAAAUUGUGCCCCACCAAAACUCAAGCUAAAGCUGUCACCACAAAAAAAAAGAAAAACCCUGCACAUGUAUUCACCUGUGCCGGACAAAAGGUUGUUCCAUCGGAUUUAUCGGGCGACUCACAUGCGGACCGACCAAUGGAGGGUGUGACUCCACAUCUGGAUCCACUCGCACCCCCAGCAACGGUCCAACCAAUCACUGAUCCUAUGGUUAGGUCAGGCAGACUCCAACAUCAGCCUGAGCCUGAGCCAACUGCCAGAGAUAUACUGCAUAGUAUAUAUGACCUCAGUAGACAGUUCGAUCUCCUUGCCACAAACAAACGGGUGGACGUGUUAGACACAAGGUUAGGUGUGAUGGAGAAGACAUUAGAUGUGAGGUUGACCGUGCUGGAGAAACGUUUAAGCACUUCAAAUCAGCAUUGGACUGCGACAUCAUCAUCUCUGGGCAAUUUGGCCAUGGCUCUUCGGAAGCACAAAGACGAUCAGAUGAUGCACCGUCCUCAUGAGAGCAUAGCCGGAGACUCACAAUCGCAGCAACAUAAGGCCAUGUAUCUGUUGUGGUCACUUCACAAUACCGGCAGCAGUGAUGAGGAGGCUGCCUUGCAAAUUGCAAGGCAGCCCCCUGGUGUCAACAGCAAAUGGCUAGAUAAUGCCAGGAGAUCUGUAUCUACAGCUGUAGCCGGAACAUCACUUCCAUUUGCCUCCUCUCCUUUAUCCUCCUGGUUCUCUAGUGCCCCUCCCAGCACAUCUGGCAAGUAG